UCUUAUAUUUCUAUAUAAGUAACAAAAAGUGCAGUUCUUUGAAAUGUUUUCUUCAAAUUAUCUAUUUUUAUAAACAAGGUGAUGGUAGUCAUCAAAAUAUUCUUCUUAGUUUAUAGAAAGGAAAAUCACUUAUAGAUCUGCUAAAUCUGCAAACUAAUAUUCUGUAAUAUUCUAGUUUUAUUGUGAUGUGCAUUAGUCUUAAGUUCAACUCUGCUUAAAUCAAACGCACACGUUGAAUUUUAAACUCUUACUUAUCUUUAUUAAUUACACAAAAAUACCACAAUCAAACAAAAGUGUUGAAAUUGCUUAUCAUAGCGAUAGCAACAAUAAUGCGAUGGUAGCAUUUUUACUUAGUAUUUCAAAGUUUAGUAAACUAUACCGCAUAAUAUCAAAAUUCUUCGCUAUUGCAAGGGCAUUUGCAUGUCAUAAAAUAAGUGUUAUUUUACCCUGUAAGUUUUAAGAGAAGUUAUUUCGGUUAUUUUGACUUAACAAUGAAAUGAAAAAAUGGACACAUCUUUAACAUAAUUAAUGUUACAUAAUAAAACAAAAUUUACAAACAAAAAUUACAUAAAGCCGAAAGACUUCUACCACUUCUUUUUUAACCGGCGCUACGUUCCUUUGAGAAUCAGGGAAUCUCAAUAAUCAACUGCCAAUCUGUUGUGUUCUGAGCAUGGUGCAUUGAAUGUCGAACUCCUAGCUCGAUCAUAUUGAAAUAAAAUCUCAAUUUUCUAUCCCAACAAACACAUUCUUUAUGCCUCAUCAGACGACAUUGAGCUUCCACUGUCGGCAACAUUUAUAAUAAGGGGGUGGUACCAUCAAUGACAAUGUCUAUAUUUCACAUUUUUGUUUCAAUCUUGAAGCCCGAAAUAUUUACCGUUUUAGAAAAAAUGAAGCUUUUUAGUUCUCUUUUUAGACAGAUUAUAGCUAACGUCAACAACUUAAUCAUCUGUCUCAGUGUCAGACGUAUUUAGGAAAAUUACGCAAAAGACAAAUAUAAACAAACUCACUGCAGUACGAUAAUACGAUGCCUUCCCUGCACUACACCUGAUCUAAUGGCUUCUUCAGCAAUGCGGCGCUCGACCCUCCCAUGCGGCUUUUUAUUUUGUGGCAUAUUGCCGUGCCGCGUUUCGCUCGGGAUGAUCACGUGCUGAUCACGCACUGAUCAUUGUUUUGGUUUACUAUUUUUCUUUAAUAAAUAGAUUAUAACAUUUAAUAAAUAGACUAUAACAUUAAUAAAAAAUACUGUUCACUUCUACUUGACAACAAAAUGCUUGAAAUAUUUAAAUGUACUUUGCACUUGAGUAUAAUAAAUUUUAAAUAGAUAUUUUUAGGGUCUUAUCCAAACAUUAAUGAUUUUCUACAUUUCAUUUACUUCUGAUACGAAUCUCAAUGUCAGAGUGGGAUUAUUAGAGAGAUAAGAGAUCAUUUAGAAGAAUCUAAAUAAAAAAUAGUUGAUAUUCAAAAGCUAAUCUAUAUCUAUAAAUGGUUAUUGAUUGUUCCUACUUGAGAACGUUAUCAAUCACUAAUUUUAAAUCACUCAAUAUACAGUUAAAUGAUAUGACUUAUUGUCUAUUAUGUAAAGAGCUUGAUAGGAUACCAGGAUAUUAGAAUAUCUUCAGUCUCCACUUAAAAAGAAAUGAGUAUUCCUAUGAAGAAGUUUUAGGAAAUAGGGGAGAUCAGGGAAGUAUUUGGAUUUCAGUAAAAUGUACUCCUCAUUAGCUUUAUGAAAUUAUAUAUGGAAGAAAUUGUGGCGAAGAGGAAGAAAUUCCAGUUCUAGAAUAGAUACUGGAGUUUAUACAUAUUUUUGAACUAAAAGGGGAGUUGUAGUCGGUGAAGGCAGCUUACAAACAAUAAAGUACAACUUCUUGCAAGGUCAAAAUAUUGUAUAUAGGUUGACAUUAUGUCAUUGCAUUUUGGCUGCUAUUAAUCAAAAUUCCAUAUGCUUUGAACCCUGAUUGACAGGAAAGAGUACCCAGGCGGGCCAGGCCUUGACUAGAUAGAACAAGGGGAAAUAUGAGUUAAUGUUGUUAUUUUCAGUGGGUUUGGGUUCUUUGUUGAGGAAUGAUGAAGUUCAAAGUUAACAAAAUGUUUAGUUUAUUGAACAGAGUUUCAAAAGGUACCUGUCAAUGUACACAAAAAUCAGUAUCUAAUUUACAAUUUUAAUAAGAAAAAUAUUCAGGACUUCAUAUAAAAGCAACAUACUUGUUUGUUUACAAUUCUGUGAAAGAAAAUUAAUGAACAAAGUUUUGGCAUGUGGCGACAAAAUUUGAAUACCAAAAUACAGCUUAAUUUGAUACGAAAUGAACAUACCUUUUGAAUCGUUUGACAAUACUUGUUUUGAUUAACAAAAUUGGAUUACAAAUUAGAGCACGUUUGCCUUCGCCAUUUCAUUUUGCUUUUUUUUCGCUGUCGCGGAAACAUAUCAAAAAGUGCUUAUCGCCUGCCACUUAACUAAAUUAAAAAUUAACAUGAACAUAUAAAAAAUAACUAAAAAAUUUUUGUCGAUAAGCCGAUAAUGUUGCAAGUGAUUUAAACAAUCAGCCGGACUUCAUCUGCGCAUUCUUUUGAUCAAGACAUAUUGCGUUUUACAUUGCAUCAAGCAAAGAGGUUUUGAGGAGCACAAGAAACCUUGAGGUUGCAAUGCAAUGUGAGAUCUUAUGUAUAAUCCAGGGUAUAUUUGGAUAAAUUGACGUGAAUCGUGCAAAUCUUUUGGAUGCUCUUUCAUUGCAUGAGAUGACUUGCGAUAUGGACUAACCAUUGUACUCGCCUGAUCUAGUACCAUGCAAUAAUAUUUCUAAAACUGCAAGGGAAGAAACUUUUCGGAUUAGUAAUGCAAGUGAAACAAGCUAUCAUAAAUAGGUGCCAAAGAACUUUUAAAUUUUAAUUUAAAUUAUUUUAACAAAUUUUAUGUAGGCUGGGACAUUCUAUUAUAAAAUACGUGUACAUCCUUGAAAUUGAACUUCUCCAAUCAACUUUUCAUGACAUAUUAUCAUCCAUCAUAGGAAACGUGAAACAAAAACUACGUACUCAAUCAAUUUAAACCUGUAGUCCAUAAAACACAGAUAAGAUUAGAAUUUCAUUUUUAUAGUACGACUUGAAUCAUAUUACUGACUUCAACUCUUUAUAAUGGAAGCUAUUGAUAUAGAAAAUUUACUUUUAAACAAUGAUGAAAAAGCUAAACAUUUCGCUAAAGAAAAUUUGAAUGAAACCAACGAACACAGAGAAAAAUGUUUGGAAGAAAUUAGAAAAUGGUUAACAGAAGACCAGGCUAAGUUACAUGCAAGAAUGGAGGAUCAAUAUUUAUUACCCUUUUUAAGAGGAUGUAAGUAUAAUAUGGAAAAAACAAAGAAGAAAUUAGUUAAUUAUUAUACUAUGAGGAAGAACGUUCCCGAAUGGUUCCAAAACAGAAAUCCAGAGUUGAAAGAAAUUCAGGAUUUAAUGAAAUUAGGAGUAUUUGUGCCAUUAACAAAACUACAGGAUAAUAAACUGGUAGUUAUUGUACGAACAGCUAUACACGACCCUUGUAUUCACACCCAAGACAAUGUAUUCAAAACUGGAAAUAUGAUGAUGGAUGUUGCAUCUUUAGAAAAUAUCAUACCGGCUCAAAUUUAUGGCGUCAUAGCGAUAUUUGAUCUUUACGGUAUGGAUUUCGAUCACGCCAAAGAAUUUACACCGAGCAUGAUCAAAAAGGCAGUAUUUUGUUGGCAAAAUUACCAUGUUAGACCUAAAAACCUCGAGUUCAUCAAUGCACCACCCACAAUAAAUGUAAUUUUAUCAAUAUUCAAGAGUUUCAUGAGCGAAAAAUUGAAAAAUAGAAUAAAAGUUCAUACGGACGGAUACGAAAAGUUAUAUGAAGUGGUAAGCAAAGAUAUAUUACCGCCAGAAUACGGAGGUCAUGGAGAAACAAUGGAAGAACUUAUAAAAUAUUGGAAUGGUGUAUUAUUAAAAUAUAAAACUUGGUUUUUAGAUGAUGAGAUGUAUAAAUCUGAAUAAAAAGUUGUAUUUUCA